AUGUUUGGAGGAUAUUGGAGGACGGUUUAUCUGAUACCUAAUAGUAAAGACAACAGAGCUAGGAUAGGCAUUGGUUUUGGAAAAGAACAAUUCUUGGUAUAUGGUGGCAAGCUUGCCAAAAAGUAUGGAUAUUCUUUUAAAAAUGGAAAACCAUCUAAUAAAUGGUGGCGACUACUUAACAAUCGACAUAACAAAAAAGUAACUCUUCGACAACCAGAAUCAACAGCAUCAGUUCGUCAUCAAUGCAUGAAUCUGAUAAAGGUGGCAAACUAUUUUACUGCACUUAAAGAAGUCAUUAAAGAUUGUCAGCCUGAAGUAAUAUGGAACAUGGAUGAGACAGGACUGCAGCUAGACUUUAAGGUGCACAAAAUUGUUGCUGCAAAAGGUACUAAAUAUUUACAUAUGAGAACAAGUGGAAAUCGAGAAAUGAUUACUUUAAUUGUUUGUGUAAAUGCAGCAGGAAGAGCCUUACCACCUCAUGUGAUUCCAAAAGGGAAGACAGUAAAAUCCCUUCAAAGUUUUCAAGAUGCCCCUGAAGGAACCAAAUGGAGUCCAAGUAGAUGGACUAAACGAGGAAUUGCAAAACUGUGGUUUGAGCUUACAUUUUAA